AUGUUGCGAGAAAAUUGGUCAAAGGUAAAGGAAAUUGUGAAGACGCUCAUAAGGAAUUGUGAAGACGCUCAUGAGAAAAGAUACGUCUGGUCAGUGAUCUAUGAGAGCCCAAAUAAAAAUUAUUACUCAAACAAAUCACUAAUCCACGGCAUCACUCCCGUCGCCGCCGUUAGAUUCUCAUAUUCUGUCGCCGUUCAACGCCCGAUCAGAUUUCGUCUAUCAUCUUCUUUCAGUUUUUGA